UGUAGCGGAGAAUAAAAUUCAGAUUGGUUGGCUGCCAAACAGAUGCCAAAUGAUGCCAAACCAGAUGCCAAAUGCCAAAAAGUCAUGCACGAAUUAAGAGACAGCUGUUCAGCUACAUAAAGUGCAAAGUGAGAGGUGGGUGACUGCUGACAUAAUAGUUUCUGUGGAAUUUUGAACAAAAGCGACAUAGUUUCGGACAAACUGUGCUGACUGCGUUUUCCCAUAAUGACUAUUUUACCAACUAUUCGUAAAACAAGUAAUAAUGCUGAAGAAAACAAGGAAGCAGGCCAACAAAAUGUAACCGUUGAACGCACUAAUAGAAGAAACGAUAUUAAUUCUAUUCAAAUAGCAUCUCUUUCCGAGAGUAACUCGAAUGCUCGCAGAUCACCGUUUCCAUUCAAACCAGACAGAAAGGAGCGCUUGCGGAAAAGAUUUAAGGAACCAGACAGAAAUCGGGACAGAGAACGGGAAAGAGAACAAAAACGAGAAUUAAGAAGAGAACAAAAGAGAGAUCGGAUUGCUGUUGCUAAAAGAGACAUAGGCAAUGAGCCGUUACUAGACGAUGGUGUAGAUAACGUAGAACAAGUAGUAGACCCUCCUUGCAAUAGUAAUAACAUAAUAAAUGUUGAAGUAAAAGAAGAAGCUACAGGCUUUAACAGCGAAGAUGAAUAUGAUGAUAGUAGUGUUAAAGAUAGAGUUCUCACCGAUGAAGAAUGGCAGAAGAGAGAUGAAUUGUUUUCACGGUAUAUGUCCAAUUUGGGAUGGGAAAUCAAACAAAUAAAUGAAGAUGGAGCUUGCCUAUUUCGCUCCAUUGCCGAUCAAGUCUAUGGAGAUCAAGACUUCCAUCAUCAAGUUCGUCAGGACUGUAUGAAUUACAUUGUUCAAAAUCGCGAUUUUUUUGAACCAUACGUGACCGAGGAUUUCGAUAAAUAUGUAGCCAGAAAGCGCACGUGGCAUGUGCACGGUAAUCAUUUGGAAAUUCAAGCAAUGAGCGAACUUUACAAUCGGACUAUUGAAGUUUACUGCUACCAAAUUGAACCAAUUAACAUUUUUAACUGUUCGAAAAGAAUUGUGAAUACUUAUGAACCAAUAAGAUUAUCGUACCAUAGAAUGUGUCACUAUAACUCGAUAAGUAAUCCAAGCAAGCCCUCUGUUGGUGUCGGUCUGGGAUUGCCCAACUAUCACCCAACCGAUACUGAUAGGAGAAGACUUCAUGAUGCCGUUAGAGCAAGCGAACAAUUAUUAAUCGAACAGACUAUGCUUGAGGACAAACUGAAGGCCACUGAUUGGGAAGCAACGAAUGAAGCUAUUGAAGAGCAAGUGGCUCGAGAAUCGUACAUUCAAUAUUUCCGAGAUACAGAAAAACGUUUAAAAGAUCAAGGACAUCCGUUGGCUAGUGGCAGUAGUUCUACAAUAACAUCGGCGAUGGUGUCCAGUCCUAGAAGUUCGCUCAGGGGAUCAGUAUCUCCUAAAGGCUGGCAGUCUCCAAAAGGCUGUGCCUCUCCCAAGCAUAUAACACCAUUAGCAAGUCCAAGAACAAGUUGUGCAACAAACCUAGAAUGUGAAAACGUCAUUCCUCCUUAUGCCCCAACAAAAGAAGACGAGGCAUUUGCUAAGAGAGUAUACAACUCACCUCGUCACAUUUCUGAACAAAAUGAUGGAAACUUUAAUGUUGAAAAAUUUCAAAUAGAUGAACCGGGCCCCUCAUCUUUAAUAAAUAAUAACGCUGGUGGUUUCGAAGACUUCGAGCAAGAAAUAAUGGCACAAGUGUUGGCAGAAUCACAGCAAUCUUAUCUAGAUGAAUUAAAGAGCAAGUCGAGGAAAAGGCAUACGUCUCCAGGACCUUCAACUUCUACUUAAAUUUCAUGUAAUCAUUUAAUUUGGUUUGAUUGUCAGCUUAAAUGUAUUAGUAACAAUUGGGUAGCAUCGUCGAUUUUAUCCCCUAACGUAAUAUUAAUAUUGUACAUAUUAAUCUGACUUCAACUGCAGUCAGCCAUUUACUGUGUAAAUAAUAAAUAACCUUUAAUUUUUGAGCAUGUGAGGACGGGAGCUACAAUAUAUUAAUUACAUUAUAUAGGGGUUGCGCAUUUAAGGCAAAUUUUAAGACAUAUUUCUAAACUUUUUACAUGUAAUAUAGAUUGUGAUUAUUUAUUUCUGAUAUACUACUAUUUACUUUUACAGAAAACAAUUGAAGCCAUUUUUGUACUUAGAUAAGGCAAAUCAAAUUAAAGCCAAACACUUUAAUUUUUUUAGACGUUUAAGAAGCCAUUAUAAGGUAAAUUACUUGUGAUAUGUUAUAACUAGAUUGGACAUUAAAAUUUUAUUUUGGUUACUUUAAAUAUUGCUGUUCGGUAUUAAUUUUUUUGUUAUUACGAACGUAUGUAAUAUAAAAUACUAUCAGAAUAUUUAUGAUCCGGCCUGUUAACAAUUUUUACCCAUAUCUCGAGAAAUACGAUCAUUUAGUAAAAUCGCUAUUAAAUUUGUCCAUAAUUCUUAAAAUUGUCCCUUCGGUAACCUAAAGUUAAAUCUAACUUAGGUCGAGUUUUAACUGAAAGCAAGAAUUGGCAGUUUUUAUAUUGGAAGCUUGACGUACUCUUCAAGCUUCCAAUAAAUUCAGUACUUCGAAUCCAAAGUGAGGGAUUGAUAUUACCUAGUUCAAAUACCAUCUGGUAUGGUCUAUGCGUCAAUAAUACAGACUCUGAAUACUAGGUUGACCAAACAAAAUUAACUUAAUUUUAUUAAACAUGUUAUACUGAUGCACAAAAAUGUAAUAUCUCCCUAUCGCACAUUUUGUAUGAGCGUAAAGAAUGGUUCUAUGAAGUACAUUCUGAUGAUAUUGAGAACUAUUUAAAAUAUAUAAGAAAACGUUUUGUACAAACGGGCUUAUUGCACUUAGUUCGGUUUUCCAUAUAAUAUGUAUCACAUAAGAUAACAGUAACUGUCUACAUGACUAUCCAUCAUGUAGGUUUAGUAGAACUAUUACUUGGGUCGCUAAUGUAUUCAGCUUUAGGACUGGAAAAAUAAUCUUGCACUGCUGUAACUGAACUCUAACAAUUUGAAUUCCUGAAAUAAAAUUCAGAUAUUAUGUAAGAAUGUGCCAGAAUGUUACUCAGGUACCCUGUAGAAGGUCUCAAUUUUUUUUUCAGUUAAUGUUAAAGUCUGUUUAAACUUUGUAUCUUCGGAGUUAGAGAAUCGUGUUUGUUCUCUUAUCUUCUGCUUAUCGGUGUGAAAUUUACGCUGAACAGACUCGAACCAAUGCAAAGAGUUGAAUUGACUUUCUUGAUUUAAUAACUCGAUUAUGUAGGCUAAACCUUAAAAAUUAAGGAGUUUUAAAUAAAAUGAUAUCCAUA